UCAUCUCAUUCAUAUUAAACGAUCCAAUUCUGUAGCAUCUGGGUUUCUAAGGUGUGUUAUUAGAGACAUUUAAGCCCUCUCAUUACGGGACCUCAUGGUGUUUCAGGUGCCCUCAGACGUGCCAGAGGCCCUUCUGUACUCUAUAUGCGAGGACCAGGUUCCUCCCUCCUCGCUGACCGGCUCCGGCCCCCCUCAGCCGCGCUGCGAAUGAGGGCGAGCAGGCGCCAUCCCGCACGGCGGCCCGCAGGGGAUGGCUCCUCCCGGCCGCAGAGUGCAAGGACAAGAAGGAGGAUGCAUCAUUGAACACUGAGCACUUUGUGGUACAUGCUGAUGCUGCUGGUGGGCAUGGUACAGGGAGCAGUAUGCUAUCUAUGUCCCAAAGCACGGCUAUAAAGGAAGUUGAGGAUAACUUGGGAACAGAAGAUAGAAUCAGCCUUAUAAAGGAGGUGGAGAAAGAUGGAAGAUACUGCACCCUGCAGGCAACUGGGUCAGCUUCCCAAGACUCAGCAGCCUUUGAUGGCCAGCUUGACCUUGCCUCUGUAUGUGGGAGGUUGUCAAAUUUCCUCAGUGACACAAAGGCUGUGCCUCCACUUUCUGUGGUUGAAUCUGCACAGGAGCCCACAUCACAGUCAGGGUCCCGUGAGCAGUGUCAGAGCUAUUGCUCUGAUGGGAUUGAAAAGGAGGCAAAGAAGAAGAAAAGUAAAAACAGAAGUGGGAUGUACUCCAAUAAAGUACCUGGUGGAAUACCUGGAGACCUCUGCAGACAGGAUGUGUGUGGCCCAGCUACUCACCGAUCAUCCAAAUGUACUUCAGGCAGCGUUGCAGCUCAGCAAUCCUACAACAUGUCUUCAGUCCUGGAAUGUGGAAGUAGCCAUGAUGGGACCAAGGGAAAGAAGAAAUUAUUUGAGAAUCCAAUAAUUCUGCCACCAGUCAGGAAGAAGUUACGCACCUUCUAUAACGCAGAGCAGUUAGAAGAGUUGGAGAAGAUGUUCCACGAAGACCACUACCCCGACAAUGAGAAGAGGAAGGAGAUUGCAGCUGUGGUUGGUGUAACGCCACAGCGUAUCAUGGUCUGGUUUCAGAAUCGCAGGGCAAAGUGGCGGAAAUCAGAGAAGUUGAGUGUGAAAAGCGACAAAAAGCAUCCAACAUCCUCAGCACCGCCACCUCUUCUGCCCAUGCCUCCAUUGCCUGACAUUGCUCAUGACCAGUCUGCUGUGCUAGACGUUGACACUACAGGUGGGAACUACUCCAGCUUGCUCAGUGGAUAUCCUGCACCACUUGCCUCCUCCUCAGUAUCAUCAGUGGUAGGAAUGGUGACAUCCUGUGAAGCAGUUCAGACAAAGGCAUUGCCACAGCUCAACUUCAGUUUCAGCAGAAUGGAGUGCUUCCCUAGUCUUCCCAGCCCUCCACCCAUCCGCAGGGCCAGCCUGCCCCUCAGUUUGGCUGUCAGCUUGCACAACCACGUUGUUCCUUUGAUGCUGGACACUCCCAACAGUGAAUGCUACUUUUCCUGUCAGCAAAAUGGCUUGAGAGAGGCCUUCACGUACAGCAUCCAGAAUCAAGGCUUGAAUUCACCAGUUCCCUUCAAUUACCCUGAGGAGCUGGAGUCAGCAGGCAACCUAGAGGACACAUACUGUUCGUACGGCAGCCAGGAUGGAAUUUACCAGCUGCCCCAAUAUCCCCAGCAGCACCAGCUCUCCCAGUUCCACCAACUGCCAGCUCACCUGACCAGCAAUGUGCUCACCAGUGUCCACCUCAGUCCUACACCCACUGAGUCCCAUACAGCUUUCCUCCCCUUACCUGGUAACAGUGGAGUUGUAACCCAUGGGGCACCGGGAACCGCACAAACAUACGUACAAAGCCACGUGGGGGAACAACUCUUGUUACAGCAACCAAGUGAAAACUCAGCAGGCAUUCCUGCCUAUCCAGCUGUCCCCUGGAAUGAUUUCUACAUGCAGGGAGCUCCCUUCUCAAAUCAGCUGUGCUCACGAGUGCCAUUUUCUAGCACAGUAGGAGGAAAGUACUUCACUGAGCAGACUUCCUAUGCUCAGGCACCUUGCCUACCCUCCUCCCCCCGUUUUCAAGUGCCCAAUGGAACAACACUGGGAUCCAUGCCACAUGCUGAAAAACAAAAGGGAGGGACACCACCAGACCAGAGUUCCUAUCAGAAUCACCAACAAGAGCCAGAGAUGACAUCUCUUCCUGAAAGAGAGGAAGUAGAGAGUAGCAGCAAGAAAGAAGAGGCUAUUGUUGAAAUUAAGAAGAAACUAAUGACUGAUGCUGCACUCUGAGGGGGGGGAAAAGUAAAGGAAGAGGAAAUGUUGCCAUUUUUUAAACUCUGCAAAAUAAGAGCCCGAAAACAAGAGACAAGAAUAAUAUUUGCAACAGAAACAAUAUUUUGUUUCUUUUUGGGGGUUGUUUUUUUUUUUUUCUUGUUGUCGUGAUUAUUUUCUUGCUGAGGAAAGAAGCAGGGAAAUUUCAGCCAAUAAAGGCUUCUGGCCUGUG